UACAACACAAUAUAUAAGAAUUAAAUGCAGCAGUAAAAAUGCAUUUAAAAACCAUGGGUCCCUGGAGAACAGUUCGGGAACCCCAGAGGUUGAACUCCUGGCCUUUUGCUUGCAAAGCAGACCCUCUGCCACUGAGCCCUUCCAUCAUCAUCAUCAUCAUCAUUUUUUAAAUUAUUCCUUAAAAGCUCUCCACCAUCAGGUCUUAGGGCGGGUUACAACCCUUUACAAUUCAGUAUUAAAAAUGGCUUAAAACAAGUCACAGGAAUAGGGUGGAGGUCCUGAAAUCGUACACCCCAAUUGUCAAAAGACCAGGCUAAGAGGGGCGUCUUCAGCACUCACAGAAAACUGUGCAGUAAAGGUGCCAGGCGCACCUCCGUGAGAGGGAGGUCCACAGCUGAGGGGCUGCUACAGACAAGGCCCUGUCUUGGGCUGCUACCCGCCUUCCGCUGAUCUCAAGAGGGCCCGUCUGGGAGCAGCCCCCGGUCACCAGAUGUCUCUUCCUGAGUGUCAACAGCACAUAUAAAAGGGUCUCGGGACCUUUUCAAAGCGUCACUCCUGCUGCCUCCCGUCCCAGCGUGUAUUGAGGUGGUCCUUGUCUCAAGAAAAGAAAUUGGUGGCAGACCAAGGAGCCCCUGUGGAUCAUCUUGGAAGCCUCACGGAAGCACAAGCCAGAGAUGGAAAAGGCAGUUGCUUCAGGAGCAGAGAGCGGCCCCGAGGCAAGAUUGGUUGGAAGGAGCGGAGGAUUCUGGGAGGAAGCCGCAUGGGAGAUCCUGCAUGGGAACAAUGGCAGGCAUUUCCCCUGCCAGGAGGCCGAGGGACCUCGAGAGGUCUGCAGCCGACUCCACAACAUUUGGCGUCAGUGGCUGAAGCCGGAGAUUCACACAAAGGCCCAGAUGCUGGACCUGGUGGUCCUGCAGCCGUUCCUGGCCAUCCUGCCCCCAGAGAUGGAGAGCUGGGUCAAGGAGUGCGGAGCGGAGAGCAGUUCCCAGGCGGUGGCCCUGGCGGAAGGCCUCCUCCUGAGCCAGGCUGAGGGGAAGAGGUGGGAAGAGGCGCUGCUGACGGGGGCAUCAGCCAAAGCGGCCGCUGAGCUCCCUUUGGGCCCCAGACGGAGCACACAGCUCAGGCGCAUCAUGCAGGAGCCGGGCAGAGGGGCCGCCUCACUGGAUGAUGGGAGCAAAAGCGAUACAGAGUGUGAACAGCAGAGGAGGAAAGCUGAAACAAAGAAAAAGUGGAGGAAGGAAUCUGUUGCACCGGAAGGGACUGAGUUCCAUGAAACUCCAACUCUAGAAGAACGUAAUGAAGGGGGGGGGGGAAUGGACAAAUUCCCUCGUGCUGCAAAAGUACCAAGCCUUAGUACAACUGAAAAAGUGCAUAAAGGGGACAAACAUUUUCAAUGCUCAGAGUGUGGAAAAAGUUUCAACCAGAGGUUGCAUCUUACUAAUCAUCAAAGAAUCCACACAGGGGGAAAACCAUUUAAAUGUGCAGAGUGUGGGAAGAGCUUCAGUCAGAUCAGUAGCCUUACUUAUCAUCAAACAAUCCACAUGGGUGAGAAGCCUUUUAGAUGCUCAGAAUGUGGAAAGAGCUUUGGUCGAAACAGUAGCCUUACUUAUCAUCAAAAAACCCACACGGGGGAAAAACUAUUUCAAUGCUCAGUGUGUGGAAAGAGCUUCAGGUGUAGUCGAACCCUUGAUAUACACCAAAGAACGCAUACAGGAGAGAAGCCAUAUCAAUGCUCAGAAUGUGGAAAGUGCUUUAGUCAAAGAAACAGCCUUACUUCACAUCAAAGAAUCCACACAUGGGAGAAACCCUUUAAAUGCUCGGCCUGUGGAAAGAGCUUCAGUCGCAGCAGUUACUUGACUUAUCAUCAAAGAAUCCACACGGGAGAAGCCGCAUGAAUGCUCAGUGUGUGGAAAGAGCUUCAGCUGUAGCAGAGCCCUUGCUUUACACCACAGAACCCACACAGGGGAGAAGCCAUAUGAAUGCUCAGUGUGUGGGAAGAGCUUCAGUUAUAGCUGUAACCUUGCUGUACACCACAGAAUCCACACAGGAGAGACCAUUUAAAUGCUCCGAGUGUGGAAAGAGAUUUGUUUGGAAUGGCAGCUUUGUUUAUCAUCAAAGUACCCACACAACAGGAGACACUGUGUAAAUGUUCAGAAUGUACAUACAUUGGAGAAAGACCUUGAGGUGGAGUCAGGCCUUCACAUCAAAAGAUUUUGACGUCCUGGCCACAUCUCACUAACAGAGGAUCCAUAACAGGGCAAAAUCAUAAAUGUGUAAAAUGUGGCAAAAAUGUCUUGUCAGCAUGCAAAAGCCGUAUUUUGUCAGGGAGAAUGAGGGGAAGGGCCGGAGCUCUGUAGUAGAGAGAAGGUCCCAGGUUCAAUCUCCAGGUAGGGCUGGGGCUGAUUCCCUUGUCUGAAACCGUGGAGAGCUGCUGCCAGUCAGAGUAGACAGUACUGAGCUAGAUGGACCAAUGGUUCAGUCCAGUAUAAGGCAGCUUCCUGUGUUCCUACAAAUGUGGGAAAGAAACUGUUAAGUUGGAGCCAGCAUCUUGCAAGACAUCUGAAUAGCCUUUUCUAAGCUCCGGUCCGGUUGCAUAAGCCUUGCCUCUCAGUGACUGAGUGAGCCCCCAUGACCACGGUGUGUGUGUAACUUGCCAUCCUAACAGAAGGAAACCUUUUAAACCA